GGAGAACAAAGGAGGAGAUCAUUAAUGUACUGUAGGAGGGUGGAUGACCUGGAAAACUCUAGGGUAGCAAAGCAACAAGAUUGUUGGCAGCAGUUAGUGGAGCCUAGAUUCCUUGCACUGCAUCCAGCUGGGUUUAAGGCACGCUAAUGGACUGACAUGUCAGGCCCUCUGACAUCCUUCCCUGCCUCAGUCUACUGCUUUCUCCUCCUCAUUUUUGUGAUCUCAACAGUCUUCCACUUUGAACUUCGACUCUCGAAGUUGUCCAUAGUAUGUGAAGAGCCACCACUCCUUGAGACUCCAGCCCCUACAAACUUCCACCAUGAUGGCUUCUGGACAGUGCUUUCUCAAGGCCGCCUAGGAAACCAGAUAGGUCAGUAUGCUGGCCUCUAUGCACUAGCAAAACUCAAUAGGUAUCAGGCCUAUAUCUCACCUCAGAUGCAUAAUUUCCUCGCUCCCUUGUUCCGCAUCACCCUUCCUGUUCUCCCAGACAGUGUGGCUAAGAACAUACCUUGGCAAAACUACCACGUACAUGACUGGAUGUCAGAAGAAUAUCGUCAUAUUCAUGGUGCCUAUGUCCGUCUUAUGGGUUACCCCAAUUCCUGGACUUUCCACCGCCAUAUCAUAAAUGAGAUCCGCCGUGAAUUCACCUUGCAUGACCAUGUCCGAAAGGAAGCUCAGGCCUACCUCCACAGUAUACAGAAAAGCUCAGCCACCUUUGUGGGAGUUCAUGUCCGCCGAGGUGACUAUGUCCAUAUCAUGCCCCAGUGGAAGGGUGUCCUAGCACACAAAGGCUACUUGGAUCAAGCAAUGAAUUGGUUCAGAGCCCAUUACAAUAAUACCAUCUUUGUGGUCACCAGCAAUGGGAUGUCAUGGUGCCGGGAGAACAUUGACAACACCAAGGGAGAUGUGAUAUUUGCAGGGGAUGGAGUGGAGAGCUCUCCAGGGAAGGAUUUUGCUCUGUUGAUCCAGUGCAACCACACCAUCAUGACCAUUGGCACCUUUGGCCUCUGGGCUGCCUACCUCACAGGUGGUAUGACAGUCUAUUUGGCCAACUACACUCUUCCAGACUCACCCUACCUCGGAGAUUUCAAACCUGAGGCUACCUUCCUUCAUGAAUGGGUAGGAUUCCCAGCUGAUCUGUCACCCCUGCUGAAGCACUGAAUCCCGCUUUUUUCAGGCUCUAAUGCCAAAUUCAGACUAUGGUCCAAAUUAGUAUACUAUAAAGGUGGGUCUUGGGAAAAAGCAGGGAAUAUCUCUUCUCUCCUGGCUAUCUAAUCAUAUCAUAGGAGAGAAGCCUCAAUUUAAUGGGCAACCUUAUCCCACCCUCCAUACAAAGUUAAGAAGUGGAUUCACACAAUGCACUUGGUUAUAUAGAAUCAUACCGUGGCAGUUCUGGAAGAAGUCUUUGGGAUUAUUUAGGGUGGGCUAGGUGAUUAUUCUAAACUAAUAUGUCUUUAAACCCCACUAGGGGUUGAUAUACAUUAGUGGGAUAUAUAAAUUUAGAUCCUAGGUGGAUUGCGGCUAUUGUGAAAGGGCUGAAGUUGACCUGGUUCAAUGUGUCUUUGGAUGUUUUAAGAAAUGCUGUUAAUGAAAUCCUCUGGUGUUUAGGGGAUGAAUCAGGGACAUUGUGACCAACCUCAAGGUUUUUGAAAGACAGAAUUCUCUAAGCCCAAAGCUAGCUAAUGCUCGACAUUUCUUCAAGAGAGGACUCCCUACCGAUGGAUUUGGGUUUAGUUUGGGUUAGAGGGAAGUAAGAAUGAGUGGGCUUCACUUACCUGUCAGGUGAUACUAACAUUUGGAGGUCCUGAAGGGUUGAGGAGAAUGAGAAGUGGUCAGAAGGAUGACACAUGUCAGAUGGGUCACUGAAGGUAGUAGCAAUCAGAGGUGAAAUUUAUUGAUCACAGCAAUUAUUUUAUAUAGAAAGUGAUGUAAGCUAAAGGAUUAGGUUUACCUGAACAAUGGUCAGUAAUGAUUUGUAGUCUUAGUACAAUGACUUAAUUUACCUCACCGAAGCGAAGACAGAGUUUUCUAUAGGUUGAUAAUUUGAUAUGUAACCAUCUAAUCCAACUUCUCAGAGAAUGCAUACAUCAGAGGUUUUUUGGAAGAACAUUCAGUUUCUGUGGGGAGGGGUGGAAAGGAGGGACUGGGGGGCCUCAUGUGAUACUUAGGCUACAUGUUUGACUGUAUCUAACUUAUGGCUGGGAUUUUACUGGGGCCUACUCUCACUACUGCGGUCUACACUUAACUGUAAGAGUCUUUUGUUUCCUUAGGGAGUGGGACAAACAGUAAAGCCAAAAUUAUUUAGAAACCCUCUCCCCCAUCUAUAGCACUCAAAAAAGGUUAGGAGAUCUCAAACCAAAUGUAUAAAGAUGAAAACAAAUGUUUUCAAUCUUUUCUGACUUUGUGAAGUGGAAGAUUAUUUCCAUUUAUGGGAUCACAUUUUAUGAAAGCCAUUGACAAAAUGGAGAGUGUUCAAAGGGAGUCUGAAACUCAACAUAAAGUUAUACUGGUGACAAAGAUCAAAACACAAACUCAGAAGGAGACAACAAAGUCAAUGUUGCUGCAUCCUUUAUAAUUACAAUUUGAACCCUAGAACUAUAAUUCUCAGAACCCCUAUUUCCUUCUCAUGUUACAUACGUAAUGAGGAUAUAAAUUUUGUGUAACCCCGCCUCUUACUCUCUUCUUGUGAUUGUGGCAGCUGUGGACAUGGGCUUUUUGAGAAC